AUGCCCUCAUUAGCCGACCAGACGUCAGCUGCUGUGAAAAUCCAGGCGUGGUAUAGGGGUUGCCGCGAGCGAAAAGGCCUUCAGAAACAUCUUGAAGAGAGGCGCAAUUACAUGAACGCAUACCGAGGAAAUAUUGCAGCUGAGGAGCCCAGUGACGUGGUGGACAAUGCUGCCCUUAGCUCUCGUCCCGUUCAUGAAAAGAUUCACGCCGCAGUUGAUAUGCUGUUUGAUCCGAAAAUGUAUGUAUCGAAAGUGGGCGCAUUUAUCUUGAAUAGGCUAUCAGCAUUAUCUCCUCAUUUAUGUGCAUAUUUGGUAAUAGAUGCACAAGGGCUGGCAGCCAUACUAGACAUUUUUGAG